UUCGACAUGUUUCUCGCUCAUUCCUUGAUCUCGUUUCUGUUUCUGUGCCUCGGCACCAUUGCCAGCUGCGGCGAGUAUUCGAUGCCAACUUCGAGCUCCGGUCUGAAAUAUGGCGCGAAUUCGACCAGCAAACCGAAUUUUGUUUUCAUUAUGACAGAUGAUCAAGAUCAACUUCUAGACUCCACAGACUACAUGCCGUUUGUUCAGAAGCACUUGGGAGAACAGGGCACGUUUUAUCAAAGACACUACUGCACUAUUGCUGUGUGUUGUCCAUCCCGUGUUAGUUUAUUAACCGGGAAGGCGGCACAUAAUACCAAUGUCACUGAUGUUGCCCCACCCUAUGGUGGAUACCCCAAGUUCAUCUCUCAGGGCCUGAACGAUAAUUAUCUGCCAGUAUGGCUGCAAGAAGCUGGAUAUAACACCUAUUAUACGGGAAAACUGAUGAACGCACACUCUACUGCGAACUGGAAUAACCCUUUUCCUAAGGGCUGGAACGGGACUGAUUUUCUCAUUGACCCGGGAACAUAUUUGUAUUGGAAUGCGACCUUCCAACGCAAUACCUCGCCUCCAUCCAGCUUCCCUAACGACUACAACACUGAUCUUAUUAACGAUAAGGCUCUUGCAUUCUUAGAAGAUGCGGUAACGGCUGCAGAUUCAAAGCCUUUUUUCGUUGGGAUUGCACCUAUUGCACCGCAUUCUGUAACACGAGGGGAUUUAGCCUUCACACCACCAGAGCCGGCACCUAGACACAUGGAUCUUUUCCCUGGACUCAAAACUCCGAGAACUGCAAACUUCAAUCCAGAAGAGCCGAGCGGAGCUGGUUGGAUCUAUAAUCUUGAAAGGCUGAACGACACUGUAGUUGAACACGGCGACCUAUGGUACCGUACUCGUAUCCAGUCCCUGCAAUCUGUGGACGAACUAGUUGAUAACGUUGUCAACUAUUUGUCUGAAAAGGGCCUUCUUGAUAAUACAUACAUUAUCUAUACGUCAGACAACGGGUUUCAUAUUAAUCAACAUCGGCUCCAGCCAGGCAAACUUUGUGCAUUCGAGGAAGACAUCAACGUUCCAUUCUAUAUCCGUGGCCCUGGGGUGGAGGCAGGGAAGGUUGUAGACCUUGUUACCACGCAUACGGAUAUUGCGCCAACGCUUUUUGACCUAGCAGGCAUUGAGUUGAGAGACGAUUUUGAUGGAAAGCCAAUGCCUAUUACCAAAAGUCAGAUUAAUCAAGCUGAGGAGAUUCAUAAGAGCCGAAGUGAGCACGUCAACGUUGAGUUUUGGGGUAUUGGUCUUGGAGAGGGAAAAUAUCCUGGAACCGUUAGCAACAAUACAUACAAGGCUUUGCGUAUCAUUGGCGAAGGAUACAACAUCAUGUACUCGGUCUGGUGUAACAAUGAGCAUGAACUCUACGACAUGAUUACUGACCCAGGACAAUUGAAAAACCUCGCCCGGUCUUCUGAAACCGAAACUCAAAUAUUCGGACGUUCAAUUCCUGAGGUUCAAUCUCGCCUUGACGCUCUUCUCCUUGUGCUGAAGACCUGUAAAGCGUCAACCUGCACAGACCCCUGGUCUGUGCUUCAUCCCCAGCGUGAUAUAACGAACCUUGAACAGGCGUUAGAUCAGACCUAUGAUGCGUUCUAUGAAGCGCAGCCAAAGGUAUCGUUUUCAAAGUGUGAAUUGGGGCAGAUUCUCAGCAGCGAGGGGCCGCUGGUUGGGAACAUGUAUGAAGGGGGUUCAAUGUGGCCGAAUUGGGUUUGA